GCUAGUGGAGCAGACGACAUAUAGAAUUCAAAUAGUGAAGUAAAAAGACAUUAUGCCGAAUAUAAUUAACGACGUAAAGCUCGACUUCAAAGACGUAUUGUUACGACCGAAAAGAAGCACUUUGCGAAGUCGUUCCGACGUUAAUUUGUUUCGUGAAAUAACAUUCAGAAACUCCAAACAGUCAUAUAAAGGCAUACCUCUUAUUGCCUCGAAUAUGGAUACGAUCGGCACAUUUGAAAUGGCAAAGGCGAUCUCGAAGCAUGGACUUUUUACGACAAUACAUAAGUACUACACUUUGGAACAAUGGAAAGAAUUUGCACAAAACAAUACAGAAUGUCUUCCAUAUAUUGCUGCCAGUUCUGGAACUGGAGAAGAUGAUUUUGAACGCUUAAAACAAAUUUUAACAGAAAUACCUGCAGUGAAGUUCAUAUGUAUUGAUGUCGCCAAUGGCUAUUCUCAGCACUUUGUGGAAUAUGUGAGGAAAGUUAGAGCUGCAUUUCCUGCACACACAAUAAUUGCUGGUAAUGUAGUAACUGGAGAAAUGGUUGAGGAAUUGAUACUCUCAGGUGCUGAUGUUAUAAAAGUUGGCAUAGGUCCAGGAUCAGUGUGCACGACACGUAUAAAAACAGGUGUAGGCUAUCCUCAACUGAGUGCUGUAAUUGAAUGUGCUGAUGCUGCCCAUGGCUUGCAAGGGCAUAUAAUCUCUGAUGGAGGCUGCACUUGUCCAGGUGAUGUAGCGAAGGCAUUUGGUGCUGGAGCAGAUUUUGUAAUGAUGGGGGGAAUGUUUGCUGGCCAUGAUCAGUGUGGUGGUGAAACAAUUCAGCGAAAUGGGAAGAAAUACAAGCUUUUCUAUGGAAUGUCUUCUAGCACUGCAAUGGACAAACAUGCUGGAGGGGUAGCUGAAUACAGAGCAUCUGAAGGAAAAACAGUGGAAGUGCCAUACCGAGGAGAUGUGGAGUCAACGGUCUUGGACAUACUGGGUGGUUUGCGUUCUGCUUGUACCUACACAGGUGCUGCUAAACUAAAGGAAUUGCCUCGUCGAGCAACUUUUAUUCGUUGCACACAGCAAGUAAAUCAAGUGUAUGAUGGUGUAACUAAGGGUGACUAAUGUUCCUGAAAAUUAGGUCUAAAUUUUCAUUCCAUUGACACACAAUUUGUGCCUUUGCUUCUUUGUAUGAUACUGCUUGUGAAGCACCCUUCACUAAAACACUAAGAGAGACAGAGACCACCUCUCAUUUGUCUCCAAUAAUCACUCGAACUAAGCACAAUUUGCUUAGCAAUUAUUUAUCUUAGAAGAAUAAAAUUCUACAACUACUUACGUCUGCAGGAUUUCUCUAUGGAAAAUAUAGAUAUUGAUUAACUUUAAUUAAUCAAUUAUGAUGUCUCAUCUAAACGUAUUAAAAUUUUAUUCUUGUUAAAGACAGUCUGAUGUAAAAACCAAAAAAUACUUGAAAAUUUUCAGUCAGUUAAUACAAUUUUGGUUGAAUUAUCAUUGGUCUCCACUGCUUACCUUCCUCAAUUAGACUCAACUCUGUUAAUAACAAUAAUAGAGCUGUAAAUUCUGAAUUAGCAAAGUACAUAAAGUACAGCUUCAAAUGCCUCUUCAAUCUGCAUGGGGG